GAAAAAGUGGGCAUCUUGACGAUACUGGUACGGUAGGCAAUGUCCUCUACCGAGCCAUCCACAUCAUCAAGCCGAGGAGACGACACAGGCAGUGGCACUGAGCUCGAAGGAAUGACUACCUUUGUAGCAGCUGAUCUAGAGGAGCGCAUUCGUGAAAGUUGUCGAGUGUCAGGGAGUAGGCCACGAGACUCACCCGAUGAUAUAACUCCUUUAGUACCAGAUCCUAGGAUUCUUGAUGACCUGGAAGUCUAUGCUAAAGAUGUAGCAGCGAAUCUAGAUACAGUUUUACGAGAUCUGAGAGGGUCUCUCCAUGGUAUGGGUGAUGUUACUCUGGAGUCAAUUCAGUGCUAUAAUACAGCCAUAGCAAAUGCUUGUGAUGUUGCAGAUGUUAAUAUAAAAUCAACUUAUUCCAUGCUCGCUAAAGCAGAAGAAGUGAAUCAUGCGAUGCAAAAACUGUCAACUUUAGCCAAACAAAUCAAAGAAACGAGGCGGCUUGUGGAGAUGUUCGAAACUUUGCUUCCGAUUCCUCGCAAGUGAAUUGUACUGUUCUCAUGGAAUGUAA